ACUGCAACAGGAAUGGUGAUCUUACUAGUUCUUCUGUUCGCUUAAACUACGGGCCUCAAAUCAAUCCCCAUUAAAUCAUCGUCGCCUUCUCAGCUUCUUCGAUUCGAUCUACCCUUCUUCUGUCGGCCUCUUCUUCUUCUACUCUUCACCCACCCAUUUCAAGAAGAGGAAGAAACAGAGUUUAUCCAGAAGAAAGUUGUAGGAGAAAAUGUCGCUGUGCAGCGUGAAAAUGGCGGAGGAAGUGUGGUUAACGUGUCUCACCCACGCUUUAUCUACUGAGACCGAAGAGAUCAUGGGCCUUCUUCUCGGCGACAUUCAGAACUCACAAAAUGGGGGUGUGACUGCACUAAUUUGGGGAGCAUUGCCACAACCACGUUCUGAUCGGCGGAAGGACAGAGUAGAAACUAAUCCUGAACAGUUGACUGCUGCUUCUGUUCAGGCUGAAAAAAUGACUUCAGCAACAGGAAGAACAACAAGAGUAAUUGGUUGGUACCACUCGCAUCCUCACAUCACUGUUCUUCCUUCCCAUGUUGAUGUGCGGACACAGGCUAUGUAUCAGCUACUUGAUUCUGGAUUUAUUGGGCUGAUAUUUUCAUGUUUUAGUGAAGACGCGCAUAAGGUAGGAAGAAUCCAAGUCAUUGCUUUCCAGUCCUUGGAUGGCAAGCAGAGUCACAUGUUGAGAGCAGUUCCUCUCUCCCCUAUUAAUAGAAGUGCACUUAUCGAUUUAGAAUCAUCUUUUAGUUCAUCAGAGAAUGCAUCCACUAAAUCUAGUUCUGGAAGAGCAGAAAUUCUUGAACAAGAUACGGGCAACUCAGGAGCUACUGCUGGGGCUUUUAAGGGUGGAAGAUCAUCAGAUCCUGGAGGUUUCUUUGGCAGUACUGAUGCCAAUUACUCAGGGACCGAAAGAAUGGGAGCAAACUACCGUGCCGAAAACUUAGAUAAUGCUAUUGUUGAUAUAGACCCCAUGGAUAUGUCAGACAGUAUGCAAGAGGCGUUGCAUCGUUCAAAUUUGGACAUGAGUGGUGCAGAGUUUGUCAGGAAGGAAAUCCCCCUAUAUGUCUUGCCAACCUCGGCACUUCUCAAGCUUGAUUGCCCCUUGGCAUCAUUUACAGAUUUGCAACUUGUGCUAUUUGAAGAGGAGCAAACAGCAUAUAACCAAGCCAUCUUACAAAAUGUGAGGGAUGGGAAAGUGCACCCGCUUACUUUCAUCCAUCACACAUCAACUUAUCAGGCAUCCAUGUGCAAAUUAAUGGAGUACUGCUUAAGUCCUGCCAUAAAUGCUCUCCAUGACCGUUUGAGAGAAAAUGAAAUUCGGUUGGCAAUGCUAGCUGAUGAAGCCAAGACAUUGGAGACAGAGGCCUUUAAAGGCAGCGACUCAAGUUUGAGUUCGCCUCGUAAUGUUUCAUCGCGUGGCUUUCGAACAAGCACCUCAUUUGGCAGAGAAUUGUAUAGCCCUACUGAAGCUGUCAAUUUGAGAAAUGUUGCUGGCAGCAGAAAGGGAUCUUAAUCUAAUGGACUGGUCCUUACAGCAAUACUUCCCAGAGAAUUUUGAAAGUUACCCGCUAGCAUUUUCUUCCCCCCCCCUAAACUCCUUGCAGGUUCGAUGGUGGCGCAAGUUUAGAUUGGAUGAUGCCAGAAUUACAUGAUUUGUUGUAAAUUUUGGUCAAAAAUUCAGCUGCUGUAGAGGAAUUGUUGAUUUAGAUUCAAGUUUCAAAUCGUUAUCUUCUAAAUGGUGGCGCUUGAAAAGUUUAUUUUAUGGGUUCAGUGCAAAGUGGGAUAUGUGAUACCAAUCCCCAGUAUAUAUUAUUGAUAAUGAAUUUAAGUGUGAAUAACUUUUGUUAAGGGUUUGAAAA